GACGAGGAGCACGCGCGGCGCACGACCAAAAAAACCCAACAAAACAGCGCGCCAGCCACACGUUCCGGCCUCCUGGGCGCCCCAAUGGACGCGGCCGUCUCCCUGCACCACCACGGGGCGCUCCCGCUCCUCGCCUCCCUCCCGCCGCCCCACCACCACCACCGUGCGCUCCCGCUCCAGCCGAGACGCCCCUCCAUCUCCUCCUCCUCGUCCAAGGCUCCCGCAGCACGUCUAACUGUAGCCGCGCGGCCCACGUCGCCCGCGCGCUCGGCUCCCGCGGUCCCAGCCGCUGUCGCCGCUCACUCAUCCACCCGAGCCACCACGGGGUACGCGGCCGCGCUGGCCGACGCGUGCAUCCGCGCGGGCACGCUUCGCCGGGCCUCCCGCCACGCGCGCGCCCUCCUUUUCCGGCACCAGUCAUCAUCAUCGUCAUCAGAGGAGGAGGAGACCGCGGGGCGGUUGGACGCGCGGGUGGCGGCGAUGGUGAGGAUGCUCGUUGGCAAGGGCAAGGCCGGGAUGGUGGCCGAGGUCAUGGCCGAGUUCGCCGCCAUCUGCGACCAGCUCUUGCCCCUGCCCGCGCGCGCCCACGCCGACUAGUAGUUCAGUAGUGUCUGCUACUCUGCACUGUGCCUCUGCUCUAGUAUUUCUUCAGAUACACUCCAAGGUUGUUGCCUCGUUCAUCAUGCUCGUCAUGCAUGUUUGGUGCUACUGCAUUUUGUAAUUGUCCUUCUUGAUUAUAUGAAAAAAUCUUGCUUUCUA